CCGACUUCUAAGAACAAUAAGCGUUGCGGAUUAAAUUUGAAUAAAUUGAAAGCAAUUAAAACUGCGUCAUGCGCUGGAAAACUCUUCUCUGUUGCACUCUGUGGCUUCUGCUGCUGAAAAGCAAUAAAAAUGUGGCCUUUAAAAUUCCCAGCAUUGACUUUGAAAUGCUUAAUGAACGCGGCUUUGAAGUGUCCUUGCCAGAUGAGCCUGGCAUGCAACGGGUCUUCUAUAUGCUGCAAAUAGAUGAUAGCUGUCCGGCGCUGAUGGACUACAUAACGGAGUCAAAGAAUGGAAGCUGGACCAGCAGACAAAAGACGAGUCUGCAGAACAAUGAUAAGCUGCAAAUUUCUGUUCUGGUGCAAUACAACGACGAGAUCUACGAGAAGAGCGAGACUCGAGUGAUUUUAAACACUCGAUUGCUGACUACCCGCGACAGCGCUUCUCGGAGCAUUACCUAUCCCAGCGGUGAGGGUGAAUGCGAGGCCUAUUUGGCGCCAGAGAAGCAGAAGCGCUGCAAGCCAGCUCAGAGUAUCGUCAGUAGCAGCCGUCAGACCUGCCAGGGUGAGCUGCUCUUUGAGGAUAACUUCAGUGAGGCGCAGCUGAAUCGCAGCACGUGGAAGCAUGACAUACGCCAGCGCAUGUAUCAUGUGGAGGAGGAGCUGGUGGCCUUUGAUGAUUCACCGCGCAACUCCUACCUGAAGGAGGGCCAUUUGCACAUUGUUCCCAUUGUGGCGAGCGAGGUGGUCGAGGGCAGUUUCAAGCUGGGAGAUCGCUGCACAGCCGUCGAGAGCCCCGAGCAGGAGUGCAACAUUGCCCAGGGUAGCUUUUAUACCAUCAAACCUCCAGUUUCCUCGGCCCAAAUCCACACACGGGACUCCUUCAGCUUUAAGUUCGGCAAGAUCGUGGUGCGGGCAAAGUUACCCAAAGGCGACUGGCUUUUUCCAUACAUAAUGCUGCAGCCCGUGUCAACAUAUGCGGAAACACAUUAUGCCAAACAACUGCGUAUUGCGUACGCCAGAGGAAACGCUCACCUGCAGAGCAAGCAGCAGGAGGACAUCUCCGGGAGUCACCUUUAUGGCGGCAUGGUUGUCUGGCAUCAUGGACGUGCUGUGCAGUUCCUCAAGGAUCGUUUGAAGAAGGCUCAUUACGGGGAUAGUUUCCACAACUACACAAUGAUCUGGCAGCGGGAUAAGAUCACGUUGAUGGUGGACGAAGAGAUCUAUGGAGAGCUCUACGAUGGUUUGCCUUUCUUCAAUGAGAAGUGUUUCAUCAUAUUUGGCGUUACCGUCGGCGGCUUUCUCAAUUUUGACGACAGCAUUUUGCAAAAAGACGUGAAGCCAUAUCGGAACAAGGAGCCGCGUGCGGCUCUUUCCUUUUGGCAACAGCGUGAAACUUGGGCUCCCACAUGGGGCAAGCACAGUGCCAUGAUUAUAGAUUAUGUUCGUGUCUAUGCAGAGUAAAGAACCACA